GCUCGCCAACAGCAAAAUCCUGUCGAAUCCUGAUUUGGAUUCCAACAUUUUGGUGAUGUGUAGUGAAACCAGCGAAACAAUAGAGCUAACGUGCCUGGUGUUGUUUGUAACUGCAACAAAAAGCUGAAAAAUACCGUAUAAGGGUCUCCACACCAUUUCAAAACAUGCUCCCAAUGAACAACGCACAGGAAGUCCAAAAUAAAAGGAUUGCGAGCUAUGGCAACAUGUUCUCGUACUACAGCGAAAUGCAGUCCGUUAGAUAUAAUAUUACCGGUAACGAACCUUUGUCGCUGACGCCCGCAAAUCUUGAAACCUCGUUCAACUUGUGGCCUUCGUUUACAAAUUCGAAUGAAAGCUCACCUGCUGCUUCACAGUCUUUCAUUAUCGAUGUUGCCGGGAUGCAAGAAGAAUUGAUAAAAACUUGUAGAACACAGGACACGGAACAAAUUCGUCAAGAUUUCAUUCGUAACGGUAUCGAUAGUGCUGUAAAUGGUAAGUCAACCAUGAAAGCUCGUCCUGUGUCAGGUAUCGGGACCUAUAGUUCCGUCUGGCCGAAGAACCCUUUGUCCAAUUUGGACAAUCAAAUCCUACCGGGUUGUUUUACGUUAUCAGAAUCGACCGAAACACUUCCUUUAGUGGAUAAUACACACACACGAUUUGAUCGGUUCAAGCGUAAUCACAAGGAGAAUGAAGAUUAUUGCGUAUUCUGUUUUAAUAACGGAGAAAGUCAGGAUACCUACAUGGGCCAUGCAUGUAGAAACGAGAAGGGUCACGUGAUGUGUCCUAGGCUGCAGCGUUACAUUUGUCCGUACUGUCGGGCAACAGGUGUUUUCGCUCACACAAAGAAGUACUGCCCACAAAAACCUAUCAUCACGCCGGCAGAUUUAGAGAAGAUGGUCUCCGGUAAAAGUUCGGCGGCUGGAAAUCGAGGCAGAAAGGCUCUUCGAUUUUAAUGGAUUUGUUCUCCGUUAUUGUUAUUUUAUUUUUAUUCGUUUUGUUCAUGACAAUCAUGAUGUUUUUUUAUGAAAAGACUCGACUAAGAAAAUCGGAUUAAAUGCAUAAAAUGAGAUCUGAUGGUUCACUGUUUGACGCUUGAAUUUUAUGCAAGCUAUCGAUAGAUUGUUCUAAUUAAGUGCAAUGUGAGUGAAAAAAAAGCGUUCGAAUUAUCAUGCUUUUGAAUGUUCUACCUAAAAUAAUUCUGUUUACCAAUGUGAAAUAAUCAUUGAUUCGAUACAUAUAAGCAAAAUAAAUGAUGAAACUUUUGUUGUUAACAAAACACGCUAUUAAAUGAAUAUUUUAUCAGUCAAAGGUAAACGAUAUCUUUAUCUACAGAAUCAAUGUCCGAAUGAUUACUAAAAUGUGCGAUAGAUGGAAAACAUACUGCCUAGAUGCUAACAAAAAUCAGUGCUAGUUGAAUCGGUUCUGGAUAUUAACAGUUUCUUUGUAUAUUCUAUUUUAUUAUUUACGCGAAAUGUCAUGCAAUGCACAUCGUUAUAGCUUGGGGAUGAAUGAAUGUGAGAAGGUAAGACAAAAUGAACCCAAAAUCUGCUACGCCAAUCUGAAUGGAAAAGUGAGAGUGAUCGGCAGUCAGUGCUAAAAACCUUAACCAGCAACAAAAUUUACUCCGGUGAUACACUUUGAAUAUUGCUAAAACGCUAGAAAAUUGCUUAUCAAAUUCGCCGAGUUACCUGCAGAACACAUCAUCGAAUGCUGGCGUUGUCAUAGGUGUUAAACACAGCAACAACGCGACGAAUGGAAAAUCUGAAACAACAGUGGCAACGUAGGAGUAGUGAAAAAAUGCAGUUUAGCUGAAUUUCUUCUCG